CUCUUCACCACACGUCUAUAUUUUCAUUCCACAAGCAUGUCGCUGGAUCAGGUACUGACGACACGCAACGUCUUCAUUGGCGGCCUGGUGCUGCGCAUAGGCAUGCUCCUCUACGGGCUCUGGCAGGACGCGCACAUGACAGUCAAAUACACUGACAUCGACUACAACGUGUUCACCGACGCUGCACGGUUUGUCCUGGAGGGCCGCAGCCCUUACAGCCGCUCGACAUACCGCUACACGCCGAUGCUUGCCUGGCUCCUAACCCCAAACAUCUGGCUGCACCACACGUUUGGCAAGUGGCUCUUUGUGCUCUGCGACUGCAUCGUUGGCGACCUGAUCAUCCGAAUUAUCCGCCGUCGUGGACUCGGCGAGCAGGCGGCAGCCAAGUACUCGGCGCUGUGGCUGCUGAAUCCGCAGGUCGCCAAUAUCUCGACGCGUGGCAGCGCCGAGUCGCUGAUCUGCGCGUCGGUCAUGGCAGCACUGUAUGCAUUCCAGUGCAAGGACGUGGCGAUGGGAUCGGUGCUGUUUGGCUUGGCUGUGCAUCUGAAAAUCUACCCGAUCAUUUAUGCGCUCCCGAUCCUGGUGUUCCUGGACAGCUCGGUGUUUGCGCCAGGCGCCCAGCGCGCCAAAUCGUGGGUUGCGCGGCUAGUUAACGCUCAGCGCGUGCAGUUCUUUGUCAGUAGCGCAUGCGUGUUCUUUGCCCUCAACAUUAUCAUGUACGCCGUGUAUGGGCGCGAAUUCGUCGACGAGACAUACCUGUACCACGUCACGCGCAAGGACCACCGGCACAACUACUCGAUGUGGUUCCUGCCAAUAUACCUGACAUUCCAGUCGCAGGCAAGCGUAGUCAUGGGUCUGCUGUCGUUCCUACCGCAGGCCAUUGUUGUCACCAUGCUUGGGUUUGCCUUUGGCCAGGACCUGUACUUUGCAGCAUUCACCCAGACGUUCGCCUUUGUCGCGUACAACAAGGUGUGCACAGCGCAGUACUUCAUGUGGUACAUUUGCUUCUUGCCCGUCGUGUGGCCGUACAACUCACAGAACCUGCUGCCCAAGAGCCUGAUCCUGGUCGCCGUGUGGUUCGGGUCGCAGGGCCUGUACCUGCAGCAGGCAUACAACCUCGAGUUUCUGGGCAAAGACACGUUCACCAUGCUGUGGGUUGCGGGCAUGGUGAUCUUUGCUGCCAACACCUGGGUUCUGCAGCAGAUCAUCGCCAACCAACGGAUCGCACCACUGUACCCAGUUUCGAGCACUGGACCUGCCCAAAAGAAGACUCAGUAAAGGCGCCAUUGGGACGUCAUAUAGAUGCAGGCGGCAGGGUUUAAAUACCAUAUAUGUGGUUCUGAAAAUAUCGAAACACGAGCAAAUAUAAAAGAAAAGCACUUGUAAGGAGAAGGAAAACGAGACAAAAAUAUAUAAGAGCGAUGAAAGGAGACGCAAGGUGAUCGCAGUAUUAGUCAAAAGCGAACGACACAUAGUCGCG